AUGUCAUCAGUAGAAGAAGAGUUUGAAUCUAACUUGAAAGAGUUGCGUCUGAAAACUUCAGGCAGCAUUUCUGGAAGUCGUAUUAAUAAGUUAGUGUCCCUUGCUUUACAAAAUGUUGGUUUAGAAUCAAAACUUAUUAAUAUCCUUUAUUCUAAUUGUAAAGCAGCUCCAUCGCAAAAUAAAAUAGCUACCAUGUAUGUUGUCGAUGCCAUUGUAAGAGCUUAUACCGAUGAAGCCAGAAAGAAGGGUGAAACUUUAGACUCUCUGGCCCCUGAAGGUACUUUUGCUUCUGGUGUUGCUAAAAUUAGUGAAUUAAUAGAUACUUUAUUUGAUGAUGCUAUGGAAUUACAAUUUGAUCCUUCUGUGAAAAAUAAAUUUGCCAAAUUAGUUGAAUUAUGGAAAAAACAGAAUACUUUUACUCCUGAAAUUAUUAAUAAUAUUGAAAAGAAACAUUUCGCAUCUACAACUCCACCAGGAUCUCCUCCAAAAACAAAUAUUGAACCUGUUAAGCCAAAAUCUGAAUCGGUUGAUGGUCCAAGUAGUAUUUUACUGUCGUUAGCAUCAAUUGCAAAAGCUUCUACUCCAACUAUUGCCGGACCUGAAGAAGUUAAAAAAGGUGAUGCUACCAGUAUUUUAUCUCAACUUUCAGCUCUUUCUAACGCAACUUCAGGAUUACCAUCACAAAGUCAAGGUCAAAUUCAACCCCCAAAGGCUGAUACUGGUCCUUACAUUUUAAAUAUGCUUCAACAAAUGCAACAACAAAGUGCAGGUCAAUUACCCGGUAAUCCACUCCCUCCACAACAAUAUCAACAACCACCUCAACCUCAAAGUAACUACUAUCAAAGAGAGCCACGUCAAGAAUCAGGUUAUACUAGAAGAAAUAGAUCAAGAUCUCCAAACCGUAAUAAUCUUAGAUCUCCUCCACAAGAACAUAGUACUAACAGUAAUAAUCCUGGUUUUGUUCCAGUUUCUCAAAUGGGAGGUGAAAUGAAUAUUCCAGGUACGCAACAUUAUCGUCAACGUAAUGUAGGCUUUGAUAAUUCUAUUCCACCAAAUACAUUCAAAGUUUUAUCCAGAACUUUAUUCAUUGGAGGUGUACCACGUAAUAUGGAUGAAAGAAGUCUUGCUUCUGUCUUAAGACCAUUUGCUGAAGUUCAAUCUGUAAUUUUAAACAGUGAAAGAAAGCAUGCUUUUGUUAAAGUUUACUCAAGACGUGAAGCUGAACAGGUUAUCACCCUGUUUAAUAAAGAUGGAAAGUUACCAUUAAGAACUAGAUGGGGUGUUGGUUUUGGUCCAAGAGAUUGUUGUAAUUAUCAACAUGGUAUUUCUAUGAUUCCAAUGUCCAGAUUAACUGAAGCUGAUAAAGCAUGGGUUGUUGAUGCUCAAUGGGGUGGUACUGGUGGAGAACCAUUACAACCAGGUAUGGUAUUAGAUGAACCUGAUAUCGAAAUUGGUACUGGUAUUUCAUCUAAAGCCAUGUCUAAGAAAAUGCCAACCAACUCUGCUAGAAAUGGUCCAAAAUCCAAUAAACCAGGUGAACCAGAUGAAGAUUUUGUUAAAACUACAUUAAUCGCCCAACCAGGUAUGCAAUUACCACAAUCAGCAGCAGCAUUUUCUCAACCAGGUUCAAAUCCAUUAGCUGGUUUAUUUGCUAAUUCCAAUGCACAACAAGGUCCUCCACCAAUGGGAUACCAACCUCAAGGUCAACAAUUUCCACCAAAUCCGCAAUAUCAACCAAAUCAACAAUUUCCACCAAAUUUUAUGAACAAUUUCCCUCCUCAAAAUCAAAGUCCACCUCAAAACUUUAAUCAAGCAUAUCAAAACUAUUAUCCUCAAAAUGGAGGUCCUCAACAAUAA